UUUUUCAGAUCAAGUUUCAGUGGUGGUGAUUGGUAAACGGUAAAAAAACGAUACUAAUUUUAAUUUAUAUUUACUGUACGGUUCACAUUUGCUAUAAUUUUUUUUAAUUUUCCAAUCCUCAAUUAAUUAUUAAUCUUCUUUCGAGUCUCAACUUAAAUUGUAUCCAGUCAUGGGUUACCAGUGGUGGCCUCAGUCUUCAGACAAUCUAUCCUUAGAUGAGCUUAGUUUAUCCAAUAGUUAUAUUUCGACAUCAACUCAAAAACACUCCCAAAAUUGUCCAAUGGGAUAUGGAGAUUCUGAGCUUUUGCAUUGUCUUUCUUCGAAAAAUUGGGUAAAAUAUGCUGAUCUUCAAAAAUGGCUUUUGUACAUACAAGUCCGCAAUUAUUUUGAUGAUUCUGAGCGUAAUAAUAUCGUAUGGAAAUUUAAUGACUUAAAACGUGAGCCCAACAUUUCUAAUGAAACCAAACGAUUUCCUGUCGAGUUUUAUGUGUGCCUGGGCAACACUAAUAUCUCAAAUAUUAUCCUGAGAAUAAUGGGUUUGCUGGGAUUGCCUUUAUUUGAAGAUGUCCAACGCUACGAAGGUAUUAAUCUUACCGAACGUAAUCGCGAUUUUGGCGAAGCAGUGAAAGAUCUUAACGUGGCUCUUUGCUCGUCAGAUUAUAAAACUAUGGCUGAAUUUGGUAUAUUUUGUCGUAAAAGCUUUGAGCAACAUUAUUCUUUAAUUUGGAAUGAAUCAGAUGCAUAGAUUUGAUUUUAAGACUAAAAAGCAUUAAUUUGUCAAUUAAAGAAAGAUUUUAAUUAAAAAUUUGUUUUAAAUAA